CACAAGUUUGGAAGUAGAAAGUAGAAGUGACAUUUCAUUAUCAAAUAAAUUCAAGCAAAUAAACGUAGAUAAGGUUGCUUAAAAAUAACUUUAUUUAUUUAUGUUAGUUCAAGAUUAAUACUGUCUCAAGACAGUCGCAAAUAUGUUAAAAUCCGUGAUAGUGCUCGUCAGAACACUCGGGACUAGUAAACCAAGUCUAAUUUUAUCUCAAACUCGCUGUGCAUCUCAAGCCCUGCCACAGUUAUCAGCGGCAAAAUACAAUGUCCAGAGGAAAGAAUUUGGACUGGUACAAUCAGAAGAUGUUAAUUAUUUUAAAUCUAUUUUGAGCGAAGAACAAGUGCUUACAGAAGAGAGUGAUGUUCUGCCAUUCAAUAUUGACUGGAUUAAGAAUUGCAGAGGUCAAUCCAAGGUGGUUUUAAAGCCCAAAUCAACACAGCAGGUAUCGCAGAUAUUGGCUUACUGCAAUGAGCGGAGACUGGCGGUAUGCCCACAGGGAGGCAAUACUGGGCUUGUCGGAGGCUCUGUACCGGUGUUCGAUGAGAUAGUUGUUAGUCUCGGGUUGAUGAACAAAAUUAUAAGCUUGGAUGAGACAUCGGGUGCCCUUGUUUGCGAGGCAGGAUGCGUACUGGAAACUUUAGACAACUAUGUCCGAGACCGCAACCUCAUCAUGCCGCUAGAUCUUGGAGCGAAAGGCUCCUGUCAUAUUGGAGGCAACGUGAGCACGAAUGCUGGAGGCCUAAGGUUGCUACGCUACGGCAACCUGCAUGGCUCAAUCAUGGGGAUCGAAGCAGUAAAAGCCGACGGCACUAUAGUGGACUGCCUCCGAACCCUCAAGAAGGACAACACAGGAUACCACUUAAAGCAUCUCUUCAUAGGUUCAGAAGGAACGCUAGGGCUCGUCACUAAGGUCGCCGUGCAUUGCCCUGUUCUACCUAAAGCACAGACCCUUGGCUUCUUUGGUGUGAAGGACUUCGAGAGCGUGUUGCGUCUAUACUGCAGCGCUAAGGCGUGUCUCGGGGAAAUCCUGUCGGCCUUCGAAAUGGCUGACAACUACUCCAUCCAGAGUACCAGCAGGAACCUCAAUUUGCCGAACCCGAUAGCGGACUUCCCAUUCUACGUCCUAGUCGAAACGCACGGCAGCGACGUGACUCACGACAACGAGAAGCUUAAUCGGUUCCUCGACCGAGAGAUGGGCAGCGGGCUCAUCCUGGACGGAACUCUCGCGUCCGAACCCGCUAAGAUGCAGACGAUCUGGAACCUUCGCGAAAACAUCGCCGGCGCCGGUCUCAAAGAAGGCUAUGUGUACAAAUACGACGUGUCCCUCCCCGUCGCCAACUACUACGAUUUAGUGCCGAAGCUACGCGAGCGAAUGAAGGGCGUCACCACCAAGGUCUACGGAUAUGGCCACGUUGGUGACGGUAACAUACACAUUAACGUAACGGUGCCCGAGUACAGCAAGCAGGCCACGGCCCUGCUGGAGCCCUAUAUCUUCGAGGAGGUCGCUAAACUCCAGGGUUCCAUAAGCGCGGAGCACGGCGUGGGGUUCCGUAAGCCUCAGUUCAUCCACUACAGCAAGGACCCGGCCGCCUUGGACCUCAUGCGGGACCUCAAGCGCCUCAUGGACCCCAACGGUAUCCUUAACCCGUACAAGGUCUUACCGGACCCUUAAAUUGUGAAUUAUGAAAUGUGCCAUUUUCAAUCAAAAGGGCACUUAUUUCCAUACAGCUUCAAUUUGAAAUCAACUUUAUUGACAAGCGACAAUGUGGUACCUUUUGGUUGAAAAUGUCACAAAUAUUGUUAAAGGUGGCCGAAAGUGUUUACAUCUUUUUUUAAAUGUUAUGUUUAAAUGUAUUAAAUAUAUUAAUAACGGGUCACUCACGUAUUUUAAGUCGAAAAACGCUCGACAUGUUUCACUCCGUUCCGAGGAGUACCAUGUGUAUGGAGGAGUGUCAUGUCACCGUCAACGCAAGCUCCUGAUGACACUCCUCGGUACGGAGUGAAACAUGUCUAGCGUUUUUCGACUUAAAAUACGUGAGUGACCCAUUAUUAAUAUAUUUAAUAUGUCUGUGUCUCACGGAAGUUUUGUUAUUAAAAUAAAUUGAAGCAACUGGGAAUCAAACCUUUUACUGGAUAUUUAAAUGUAAUUAUAAUUAUAAUGAACGUAUAUUGUUGUGCAUCGUAUACUUUUCUUAUAUGAAUUUCGAAGAAAAAUUAUUUCACCCAGGUUAAUAAAAAUAGGUUGAUGUUGAUAAGUUAACACUUUUGGCCAUAUCUAUUGAAUAUGCAUAAUAUGUAUAUAGUCUGGGGUCGAUUUAAUUCAGGUCAUGACCUGAUUAGUCUGUAAGUCAAAUAGGCCCAUAUUAUAGUGUUCUAAUUAUGGGUCUGAAAUCUAUAAUUAUUUUCACGAAUUGACUUUAAAACUUUGAUGUUAUUAAUGUUUUUUACGUGUUACAUUGUUGAAUAAUAUUAAAAAAUACCUAAUUAUAUUAUAUUUUUGCACUUA